AUCGGCAUUCUUGUCUAAUAUGCCAUAAAUCCCCAAAGUUCUAUUGCUACUGCUGUCCUAAUGCUGUAUGUGGACAUUGCACCGGUGCUGCUGAGUUUGCACCUGUUAGAGGGAAGAAAGGACUAUGUACCGAGUGUUUAGAGCUUGUGUUGUUUGUAGAAGAAAAAGAAGAUUUGAAUGCUGAUGGGGUAUGUAAGUUAUCCUGGCAAGAUAGAUUUAAGAGACCGAAACACAUAUGAAUGCCUGUUCUUGGAAUAUUGGGACAUCAUAAAAGAAGAUGAAGGUUUGAGUUUGGAUGAUGUCUAUUCCGCAGAUGCCAGGUUGAAGAAGGGUCAAUCUUCCAAGUACAGCUUCAAAUCAAAUACAUUUGGCAAAGGCAAAAAAGACAUAGUACUGAUAAACUCUGAUAGCGAUCUGGGUGAUGCUGAAGAAUUUGGAACAACUGGAAAAGGGAAGGGGUCCAAGGCAUUGGAAUUUAUGGGGUGGGGAUCAGAGCCUCUUAUUGAGUUUCUUAGAUAUCUUGGUAAAGAUACAACAAAAGAGUUAUCACAGUAUGAUGUUCAUUCAAUCAUCUGUGAAUACAUUAAAGAAAAAGGACUUUUAGAUCCAAGUAAAAGGAAGAGGAUCCUUUGUGAUGACAAGCUUUAUUCAGUUUUUAGGAGGAAAUCUAUGAACAAGAAUAAAUUAUAUAAUCUUCUGGAAGUCCACUUUGUUGAGAACUUAGUUUCAUCAGAUGAGGAUGAAAAAUGGGAUGAAGUUGAAAGCUUUUCCCGUGAAAAGAAUGAAAAAACCUUGCAAAUUCACAAGAAACAGAGAACUGAGAGCUCUGGUAAAAAAUUUAAAGAGAUGGAAGCAGAUCCAAGGGUCCAAGAAAGCUGUUUUGCAUCUAUUAUUUCUGAUAAUAUCAAACUUGUCUACCUAAGAAGGAGCUUAGUGGAGGAGCUGUUAAAGGAUCCUGAAAGCUUUGGGAGCAAGGUAGUGGGAAGUUUUGUGAGAGUAAAGAAUGAUCCAAGAGACUGCAUGCAGAGAAAUUCUCACCAGCUUUUGCAAGUAACAGGAAUAAAGCACACCUCAAAAACUGAUAAAACCAAUAGUGAAAUUGUUCUAAGACUUUCCACUAUUCCAAAAGAUGUUCAAGUUUCCAUGCUAUCAGAUUUUGACUUUUCCGAGGAAGAGAUUGAUGAUUUGAGACAAAUAGUGGAAAUGGGCUUACUCAAAAAGCCUACUGCUAUGGAGCUUGAACAGAAGGCUAAAUGUUUGCAUGAGCAUAUAACCAAAGAUUGGAUUGAGAAAGAACUGGUCAGAUUACAGAAGCGCAUUGAUUUUGCUAACGAAAAGGGAUGGAGGAGAGAGUUGCAUGAAUAUUUAGAACAACUAGAACUGCUCAAGAAACCGUCUGAGCAGGAAAGAUUAAUGAAACAGCCGCCAAAGGUGAUUGCAGAGCUUAUCCAGCUAAGAACUGUUUCUGUAGAUUUGUCAGGUCAUUCUCCAAAAGAAGACGAUUGAUCAUCAGUGAUCCUUGUGGGGACACAUAAACAAGCUCUCAAAAUCUUAAAAUGAGAGAACUUUUUGUAGUACAAAAUGGGGAAUGCUGUGCUUAUCCGGCUGAAAACUGUUUCUGCAGACUUUGAUCAUUCUCCAAAAGAAGAUGAUUGAUAUCGGUUGAUCCUUUUUGGGGACUCUUAAAUCUCGAGUGCUUGGAAUCUUUAAGAUGAUGGAACUUUUGGUAGUGACAAAUGGGUGAAGAUUGGGAAUCCAACUGCUUAAGUUCUUACUGCAUUUUUAACCUUUAGUGUAAACGUAUGCAAGAGGUUUUUCUUUUGCACAUGUUUGGAAGAAAUUUUAUUUUUAUGUCAAAAAUAGCGUGUUAUUCCCAAGUUUGACUAGGCACAGUUACAACAGAGAAAUGUUGAUACCAUUCUCUCCUAUUAGAUAGAAAUAGGAGGGUGAUGUUUCUAUUCUGGAGGAUCAAUUAGUAUCUGAACUUUGUACAUUUAACCCUCUCAGUUUCUCAAACUUUAUUUUUUAUUAAUUUAAUUACAAGUGUCUAAACUAAUAAAAUCAUUUUAUAAUUUGGUGUA